AUGUUACCGGUUGCCCUCCAGAACAAACUGGUCGGCUACGGUCGGGCGUCCAGCGCGCACCUAUCCGCCCUGAACAUCGACCUAAUCCGCAACAUAGUAUUUAUUCUCUUUAUCCUUCGGUAUACGCGCAAGACCUUCUAUUCCCUCCGCGGCUACGGCAUCUUCGGUAGCAUCCGCAAUGUCUACAUCUCGCUCCGCCUGUUCUUCUACGGUAUCUUCCUGCGCAUCCCCGGCGUCCGCGGCCAGGUCGAUAAGCAGGUGAAGGAGGCCAUUACCAACCUUGAGACUAAGCUUGUCAACAGCGGUCCCGAUGUUGUCCGCUAUCUUACCCUGCCCAAGGAGGGAAUGACGCCAGAGCAGGUUCGCGCUGAACUUGAUAAGUUGGCUGGGCUCGAACAUACUCGCUGGGAGGAUGGCCGGGUUAGUGGCGCUGUUUACCAUGGAGGCGAGGAGUUGUUGAAACUUCAAGCCGAGGCAUUUGGUCAAUUUGGUGUCGCAAACCCGAUCCAUCCGGAUGUGUUCCCGGGCGUUCGGAAGAUGGAGGCUGAGGUUGUCUCUAUGGUCUUGGCUCUCUUCAAUGCUCCAUCGGAUGGCGCUGGUGUGACCACCAGCGGUGGCACAGAAUCUAUUCUCAUGGCUUGUUUGGCUGCCCGGCAAAAGGCUUUCUUGGAGCGCGGUGUCACGGAGCCUGAGAUGAUUAUUCCCGAUACCGCCCACGCGGCAUUCAUCAAGGCUUGCAACUACUUCAAGAUCAAGCUGCACCGUGUCCCCUGCCCGGAGCCCGAGUUCAAGGUUGACGUCCAUGCCGUUCGCCGUUUGAUUAACCCUAACACUGUCCUUCUUGUUGGUUCCGCACCCAACUUCCCCCAUGGUAUUGUCGAUAAUAUCCCCGCUCUUUCGAAGCUGGCCACCAAAUACAAGAUUCCCCUUCACGUCGACUGCUGUCUGGGAUCUUUCGUUGUUGCACUCCUCAAGAAGGCCGGAUUCCCCGAGCCCUAUGAGGAGGAAGGUGGCUUUGACUUCCGUCAGCCCGGUGUCACCAGUAUCAGUGUCGACACCCACAAGUACGGCUUCGCACCCAAGGGUAACUCCGUUUUGAUCUACCGUAACAAGUCCUACCGGAACAACCAGUACUUUAUCUACCCCGACUGGUCCGGCGGUGUUUACGCCUCGCCCUCCGUGGCAGGCUCUCGCCCUGGUGCUCUGAUCGCAGGCUGCUGGGCCAGUUUGAUGAGCAUCGGUGAGACCGGCUACAUCAACAGCUGUACCGAGAUCAUCAACGCAGCCCGCAAGUUCGAGACAGCCGUCCGCACCGACUCAACCAUCUCCCUGCACAUGGAAGUCAUCGGCAACCCCAUCGUCAGCGUAGUCGCCUUCCGCAGCAAGAACGGCGCCAUCGACAUCUACGACAUCGCCGACGAUCUCUCCGCCAAGGGCUGGCACCUCAACGCCCUCCAGUCCCCGGCCGCCAUCCACGUCGCCUUCACCAUCCCAACCGCCAAGGCCGUCGACCACCUCAUUGCUGAUCUAGCCGAAGUCAUCGGCAAGGAGCUCGAGAAGGCCGAGGAGCGUCGCAGUCAGGGCAAGGCCUACAUCCUCAAGCGUGGUGAGACCUCCGCCUUGUAUGGUGUGGCUGGCAGCAUUCCCGAUAAGAGCGUCGUCAGCCGUCUGGCGGAGGGCUUCUUGGACACUUUGUACAAAGCAUAA